AUUUUCUUAGUAUAUCUUCAAUUAUGAAAGCUGCUCAGUGUUUAUUUGUUAUACUUGUGAUUUCCACAUGUAUAUAUAUUUAUAACACAUUUAGUUUCACACAAUCAAGGAAUGUACAAAUGGAUGAUGAAUGCCAAACAUACCAGAAGAACAAAAUUUCUCGAAAUUCUGGAUUUGAUCAAAUUAACACUACAGAGAAUUUUCAAUAUAAAGUACCUAAUAUUGUGCACUAUAUAUGGUAUGCCAGAAAACCAAUAGAGUGGAAAUUUACACAGUAUCUCAGUGUUUUGAGCGCAUCAAAGUUCAUAAAGCCAUCAAAGAUAAUGUUUCACACAAAUUGCACUCCAAUUGGACAUUACUGGAAUCGAACAACUGAGAUUCCAAAUCUUGAAAUUAUUCAACGAAGUCCAACAAGUGAAUUAUUUGGUGUGAAAGUGUUGUUUUUUUACAUGACCUCACCAAGUGAUAUUGACAGACUUCUUAUACUGAACACAACUGGAGGUAUAUAUUUAGACAUGGAUGUGAUUACUUUGAAAUCAUUUGACCCACUUCGUGUUUACCCAUUUACAAUGGGGUCUGAAAGCUUGACUACAAAGGUUGGUUUAAAUGGAGGCAUCAUCCUCUCAGAACCUGGCUCAAAAUUCUUGAAAAUAUGGAUAAACAAUUACGUAGAUGACCAGAGAUCACAAUGGGCAUAUAAUAGUGGACGUAUGGCAGACAAACUCGCAACACGCUUUCCAGAAGAUAUUCAUAUUGAAAUGACAUCACUAAAUCGACCAUCAUACCUUGAAGUAGAUCAGAUAUUUGUUAAGAAGUACAAUUGGCAUAAUAAUUACGCAAUUCAUCUUUUAGUGCGAUUAUGGAAAAAGCAUAUACCACUUGAAACAGAAAUUAAUUCAUCUGAUACAACAUUUGGAGAAAUAUCAAGAAUGGUAAUGCAUGGCUCCACUGACAUUCUAUAAGACAAGCUUGAUGCUCCAUGUCAAUAUGAAGGAAACAAUAAUAUAAUGGAGUGUAGAAUGCAAAAGUAACAUAAUUUGUUGGAGAUGAUGCAUUGUACUUUUUGCUGAUGACACAAAUAUAAAACUUCCAGACAACUGAUCAAUUGACUAAAAUUAUUAUUAUCAAAGUCUAACCUUGCAUUUGCAAGGGUAACUAACGCCUGUCAGCUACCAGAUUAAUCUACUGUUUUACUGGAAACUCAUUUAAGUAUUAAUAG